AUGUCUUCAUCUCUCUGGACCCCUACACCACCCCCCAGCCGAACGCCCUACGCAAUACCCCAGCUAGAAGGAGAACGUCUUACGAUUCCCGGCAGCAAGGGCACAUUUCGGAUCCUUGCGUCCUCAAAGCAGACCAAUGGCUUGAUGGCCGUAUUCCAAAGCGGCGCGACUCUCUCCGACGCACCAGGGUUUCAUUACCAUAACCACGCGCAUGAUGUGUUCCUCGUUACAAAGGGCUAUCUUAAACUGUGGAAUGGGGACAAGUGUCGGAUUAUGGGGCCCGGGGAUUUUGCCUACGUGCCGCCGGCCGUUGUCCACAACCCUGAACUCCUGGGCCCGCACACUGAGACCUUUGGCGUCGUGACCCCAGGCGACUGGAUUGACUUUUUCCGGUACAUCUCCGAGCCGUAUACCGGCAUACUUGUUCCCGAAGCCGAUGAUCGCGAUCUGAAGGCCCUCCUGAUCCCUAAAGUCAUGGCGGCAAAAGGGCAAUUCGACGUUGUUUUCCAGCCGAACUAUGUUCCUCCGCAAGUAGGCGACUGGGAUGCAGACGAUGAGAAGCUGCCCGAGGGCGAAUCGCCGGCGCCGUACUACCUAAGGGCAAACACAGGGCCGCGCUGGAUGCUCGGAAGUGUGAUGAGCAGGCCAUUUAUCACGACGAAGCAGUGCGCUGGGGUAUGCGCAAUUUCGAGCAUUGAGUCCUCGAAUGUUUAUGGCGCAUCCUCUUCAGUGCUGUCGAGGUUUAUGACGUUUGAGAAAGUGGAUCAUUGUUUGGCUGUUAUGGAGGGGACCUUAGUAGUAAGAUUGAAGGGCCAAGAACAGCGAGAGGAAGUGUUCCGCGAGGGCGAGACGGUGGUUAUCCCCGCCGGACAGGCGUUCGCGCUGGAGUUCCGGAGCAAGUAUGUACGGGUAUGGUCGUUUACCGACGGGGACGGCAUUGAAUCAUUGAUUCAGAGAGCCGGUAAGGCAGUCAGCAGAGUGGUAUUGCCGGAGACGGUGGAGGGGCUGGAUGUGGACGAAGGGAGAGUGGAUAAAGUAGCUAAAGAGCUGAGCUUGACACUCGAGUAA